AGCGGCGCCCGCAGCCGCAGCGAACGGCACCGCAGCGGCCGCCCUCGGCUCGGCCGCUUGAAGCCACCCGCCCACAUAGCGCUCCCGGCUCGGCCCCACGGCGGGUGGCGCCGGCCUUGCCCCCCUCGCUCUGCCGGGGAGGCGGCACGGGGGGAGGAAGGGGGUUAGCCCGGCAGUCUGCGGCGGGUGGCGGUGUGCCGCGAGCCGGCUUCCUGGGGGCUCCGCUGGGACGGCGUGGCUGAGGGCCGGGGCCUGGCUGGGGAGGAGUGGAGUCUGAGGAACAGCUGUCUUGGGGCACUGCCCGUUCCCUUAAGCACGGCUCUUGAGCUUGGGGUUGCAUUUCUGAGGAUCUUGUGCUGAAAAAAUGUACUGUGUACUGUCAGGCAAUAGAGAAACAGCUGAAGAUCUGUGGCUUUAAGAGGAACAUGGAUGUCUUGGUGUUGUAUCUGGCUGGACAAGGACUAAGAAGUAUUCCAAGUCUGUCACUGUUUCGUAGGUUGAGGUAUUUGUGGAUUAACAACAAUAAGAUUGAAGAUUUAUCUUUCUUAAAGAAAAACUACUGUUUGACUGAGCUCUACCUCAACAACAAUGAACUCACAGAUAUAUCAGGUGCUCUGAAAAACUUGCAUUCAUUACAGAUUCUGUUGCUUCACAACAACCAGUUAAAACAGCUUGGUGAAACAGUGAAGGAAUUAAAAGGAAUAAUAAGCUUGCAGACUCUAAACCUGUUCUACAACCCUCUGGCAUAUGAUCCAGGCUACCGGCUCUAUGUGAUACACAGCCUCCCUUCAGUACAGCUCCUGGACAGGAAGCCAGUUACAAAAAGAGAAAGGGAGUUGGCAUUUCCUAUCUAUAACUGCGAAAGGUCCAGUGCUGUGGAGUCAAUUGCUUUUGGGAAGAGCACCCCGCCAGGCACUGCCAGCAGGCACAGCAGUUGCACUCGUCCAGCCAGGAGACUGAUGGUGCCCCCAGGUUGGGAAUUUGGAAAUCACACAAAUAAAGUUCCGUUUGAGAACCCGGAAGAUGCUGUUUUACUACGGGCAAUGACAAGAUCUGUAAUGGAAUUUUCCUGUAUUGACUGGAACAAAGUACCCACCUGUCAAGAAAGACGGCUUAAGCACAAAGCAGAGGAAUCCCCUAAGAAGCUGACAAUCCAAUUUAGGUGACUGCUUUCUUCCUUAAGAAAAACAGUACUCCUCUGUCUAAAGUGGAUAUAAGCAUCUUACGUAAAUUACUAUCUCUAUAAUGCAAAUACACUAAAACAUGCAUCUAAUUAAAUGAUCUUCCAGCAAAAAAAAAGUAUUAGUGUAACAUUCCUUUUAUCGUCAAGUAUAUAAUAUGUAGGGUCGAGAAUUUAAGAAAUCAAAUGAUAAACAGCGGAAACGUUACAAUAAAAACUGUUUGAAAUGCAA